AUGGACCCUCUGGAUCAGAUGACUGCAAGUAGACAGGUAGUGAGAGGAAUACUUGUGAACGAGUUGAAGAGAAUGGGUGGGUUGAAGUACACAGAGACUCUAAAGGUGAGGAUGUCAAAGGAAAUUGGUGAUGGGAAAACCAAGAAGGACUCAGUCUACUUCAAAUCUAAGACUGGUACUGCAACUAACUUCGAGGACAUCGAAAGUACUGCUGCUCAAAACCAACUGACAAUAUUGUCUAGAAUUAAAACCUUCCAAAACCUUGGCUCAAAUUGGAUUAUACUCAAUAUUGAGAGUCAUUACGUAAUGUAUAAACCAUUAAAGGGUAGUUCAUACACGAAACUUUCGGGGGACAUCAAUAACCCAAAGUGUGGGCUCAUCAAUAUGAAGAACAAUGACAACCUGUGUUUCCUGUGGAGUCAUGUGAGACAUCUGAAUCCUAAGGCUAGAAGAGCAACCACUAUCACACAGAAAGAUAGGGAAUUCAUAACGAACCUAGACUAUGACGGUAUAGACUUCCCUGUGAAGAUAAGUGACAUUGAUAGAAUUGAGAGGAAAAACAGUAUCAGCAUAUCUGUGUUUGGUUAUAAGGGUAAAAAGCAGUUCUACCCCAUAAGGAUCUCAAAGGCUAAAUAUGAUGAGCAUAUGGAACUUCUACUCCUAGGUGAUGGUGAAGGUAGUAGACAUUAUGUUCUCAUAAAGGAUGUAAACAGGAUGCUGUUCAGUGUAAGUAAACAUACACAUAAGAACACUUCUGUCUACACUGUCUUCACAGUUGUGUGA